ACGCGUACAUACUUUUUCACGUUCUUGUUUAAAAGAAUAUAGAAAGUUUCAAGCGUAGCGUGUCGGUCAAAUACUGUGAAAUAUUGAUAAAUAUAGUCUUUUCUGGAAAAUUAUUUCAAUAGUAACUCCAACUGUUUACUGUUCAAAAAAUGGCUACCGCUGAAAAUACAUCUAAUAAGGCUGCAGAUAAUGGCAAAAAAUUAAAUGUCGGUAACUUGCCUUCCGAUGUCACGGAAAAAGAGUUAAAAGAACACUUUAAGGAGUUCACUGUGGAAAAUGUCGAGAUAUUUCAUUACCUAAAAUAUACUAUAGCGUUAUUGCUGUUCAAAGAUAAAGACACUGCAACUAAGGCGCUUAAAGCAAAGGAUGGCUCGAUGUUCCGCGCUCAUCGUCUGCGCAUGCAUAUAGAGUAUAUCGCCAUUUGGAAUAUAAAGAAAAAUGUUUUUGUGUAUGUGGUGGAUGAGGAUACGACCGAGGAGCAGGUCUAUGAUAAAUUCAAAGAUGUAACCGAAAUUACCGGGGUAUUAAUAUUCCAUCCGUUGGCCUAUAUUUCCUGUAAAUCUCAGGAACAAAAAGAGGCUGCGAUCAAGGAACUCAAUGCAGAAGAGAUUACAGUUUACGAGGUGACAGGUCAUGAUCAAAAUCAUCACAUUGAAAUUUGGAGGGCGGCCAAGUUAUUCUUCCGCAAUUUGACACGUGUUUCACUAAUUAAUUUACCUGAGAGUUGGGUAUCUAACCAAGAAGAACUCAAGAAAGCAGUAGAGGGCAGUGGAACAUUGACGGAAGUGAAAGUAAUUAACAAUAGUCAUGGUUCUGUAGCACAGCUCUUUUAUGAAGAUGAAGAAACAGCUAGAAACGCCGCUUUAUCUCUCAAUCAGCAGAUAUUUGAAGGAAAGCGUAUUCAUGCACUUCAUGUUACGGCUGCUCUUAUUCCAAACUAUAAAACAAGUGUGUACCUUACGUCAUUAGAAAAAUCCGUUUCCGAAGAAACUAUUUAUGACUAUUUUGAACAAUUCGGCGAAAUUGAGUUCGUUAGUCGUCGUAAGUGUGCUGACGAGCAUGCAAUAAUCUGUUUCAAGCAUAAUAGCUCUGUAGAAUCAGCGCUGGAAUGUAAAACUCUUCCAGUCCCAAAAACAGAUAGCGAUGAAACCGAGGAUCGAAGUAUUGCCGUCAAGCGUUACAAUGGCCCAUUGAUCAUCGACUUAAAGCCAUCUCACGUUAAAAAAUUGCUCGAAGAUGGUGAAGAAUCCAAAAUGCGACCACCACCACUACCAUUGGCUAAAUUAUGGCCGAUAUAUGUAUCGAAUCUUCCAUAUACCGCUGAUAAACGUGAUAUGCGAGAUUAUUUCUCAAGCGUCGGUGGACACAUUAAGUUUAUGUUUUCACCAAAUAUUCCAGCCUAUAAGACCAGUCAAACAUCAAUGGUAAUGGCGGCUUUGAUUUAUUAUGCUCGUCGUGAGCAGGCCACUGAUGCAAUUAAAGCAUUUAAUGGCAAGCACUUUCAGAAUCGCUGCCUUCAUGUAUUUCCAGGACGAAAGGAUACAUAUUUUAAUCCAGAAACUUCAGUUCGAUUAGUUCGUCUGACUAUUGGUGUCAGUGAAGAGAAAUUGUUUGAAAAAUUCCGGAAGUUUGGCUUUAUUGAAUGCGUUGUGAAACGAAAUAGAAAUACUGCUCUUAUAGAAUUCCGCGACAAAGAAGUGUGCGACAAAGUACUUCAGUUGCCUGAUAAUGAAAAGCCUGUCCGCUGUGGUAUUGAACCAUUGACGACAAAAGUGAAUCGCAAAAUUUUUAAGGAAAAUGACGAAAAAAUCUCAUUGGCUAUGCAGGAAAUUAUAGAUAAAAAUCCGGCAGUAUUGGAAAAUGUCCAGUCCAAUAGAUUUAGUGGUCCUCCACCAUUGAAACGUGGCCGCUUUAACGGUCCUGAUCAAAACUUCGGCAACCGUAAUGAUUUUGGUUCAAAUAAUGGCAACAACGAUUUUAGUAAUCCACAAGUUAUUCAAGACCUUUUGCGUUUAGCAUUUAUUUCUGGCAAGAAUCUAGGCGAAGGUCUUGCCAGUGGUAAUAACAAUCCUUUCAAUAAUUCUGAUUCAGCGUUAUCCAACCUUAACCUCGCCAACGGAUUUAGUGGUCGAAGCUUCGGUGUAGCUUCAGGUAAUGGUAAUUUUGGAAACAAUUCUGGCAACCGCAAUUUUGGUCAAAAUUCUGGCGGACGCAACAAUUUCGGCGGACAGACUCAAAGCAAUCGGAAUAUGAACAGCGGUGGUAAUUUCGGUGGCCAGAAACGGUUUGAUGGAUCUCAAAAUAACCAACAGCAAUCCCGAAAUAACCAAAACCAAAACCGCGGUGGUAGUGGAGGAAAUCCCAACAGGCGCUUCUAAAGUAUUUUACAGAAGGUUUACUUGCUGCAAAGAUUACUGCGCUGGAACUAUAAACUCUUUGAAAAAAAAACGAAGCCCGAAAUUGACACAUCGUUCCAGUAGGCAGAGUGCAUUACAACAAACACUGUGACCGAAAAUAUAUGCAGCGUGGAAAGAUGAGUAAAAUCACUACGUUUUGAAUACAUCUGUACGAUUUGAUGAUGAUAAAAAAUAUUGAAGAUAAAAUAUUUUAACGAUUCAAUGAAUUUUAAAACACUUGAUUUUGAUGUGUAUGAAAAUUAAAAACAUAAACAAUACAUUGUAUUUUCAUGCAUUACUAGUUUUAUGAUUGUAACUAAAUCUAAACGUUGAUUCUAUUUAAUCGCACCAAAAUACAAUUCAAUGGAAGCAGCAUGAAAUUCAUAAAUAUAUUUAAACUUGAAAAUGCUGACACCUAUAUUGAAAACUGCGCUAAAUAAUAAUAUAUUAGUACUUUAAUCAUUCUACCGGAAAACGACAAAUGUAAGAACAUUGAAAAAUUCGCGGUGGGUAUUGACAAACAUUUUUAAAAUAACUGUUCACAAUUGUGUGCGUUUGUAUUUCUCUAAGAUCCCCAACAGUUUUGAAUGGAAAGAUUAUAUAUAAACAAUAUCGUAUCUAAUUAUAUUAUGAGAGUUUGUAUUUUGCAUCUUGAAAAAUUACGAAAAUAGCACGAAAUAGUGGACACUUCCGCAUCAACAGAGCGUAGCUGUCAACUGGAGUAAAAAGCAAGCAAUGUUGCGCCUCCUUAAAAAGAGGAAAGUUUUUCGGGAAAAAUAAGUCAAAUGAUUAUAUGGAUCAAUUUUAUGAGAGGUGGCAGCAACGUGGUGCAAAAACUCGUAGGAAUAGUUACUUUUCGUUUCUUUUCAUUUUACUAGUUUUUACUUUUUCCUUAUUUGGAUAGUAUAACAGUAAAAGUUGGAAUUUUCUUUCCUGCUUUUUUUUUAUUACACAUCUUUGUAGAAAGCUCCCAUAGGGCAUAAAUGGCGACCAGUGAGGUUUGAAAGUUCUAUAGGGUUUCGUAAUUUGGUUAAUUUAAAGGUAAUUCCACGCGUGCAAGAAUGCCUGGGCAAACUUAUGUACUUUUGGCAGCACAAUCUAUGCUUCUAGCUGCUUCUAUCUAGACCGACCGCAAUUCAAGGUCUGACUGUAUUUUGGAAGCAAAAUGCUAAAAGAAGUGCAAGUUCAAUAGACAUAAAAAUGUGCCCACGAAACACGGUGAACAAACGUUUGAUACCGAAUGGUAUGGCAACGCUUUAAUAUUAAAUGGAAGCAUAAUUUUAGUGUGGUAACGUAAAAUCAGUAGAAAAUAAAAUAAAAUAG